AUGAGCGUCACUUGUACGAUGAUUACUGACGGCAAACGGCCUCAAGAUAUUCGUAUCUCCCCUGAUGGCGAGCGUAUCGUGUACAGCCUUUCUCCGCGAUGCCGUGCGCAAAAGGAGGCUGUGUCUUCAAUAUGGAUAGCAGCAAUGGGUAGAGCCAACUCUUCGAAACAAGUCACUCCAGGAAUAUUUAACGACGUUGCACCCGAGUUCUCCCCAGAUGGAAGAUACAUUUCGUUUAAGUCGGACCGGCUACAUCGAGGGGUUACCUCGACGAUUUACCUACUGCCAGUGGAAGAUCCUGGAGAAGAAGCCCUGCCACUCACCCCGACAAGAAACACAACCCAUAUCGGCAGCUAUCAAUGGUCUCCUGACGGCAAUUACAUUGCCUUCACUAGUGCUGAUGAAGACACUGAGGAGAAGACAAACAAGUAUCAAAAGGGGGAUGAUGCUCGUGUGUGGGGUGAGGACUGGGCCCACGCUCGGCUGAGGGUCAUUAGUGUCCAUGACAAAACAAUCACUACCCUGGUUGAGCAGCAAGCCCACGUCUCUAGUCUGGCGUGGAGUUCGGAUGGGGAGUCCCUCGCGUACACCCUUCUACCCAGCUCUAGGGAAGAGCACAUGAUUAACGGUGGAGACAUCUAUGUUGUCAACGUACAGAGCCAUAUAUCCCGAAAGGUGCAUCACUAUGCAACCAGGAUCCGUGAUCUCAAUUGGUUCGAAGAUAACUUAGUCUGGGUUGGUGUACAUGAUGGAGAGUCAAUCUGGUCCUCGUAUGCCGUGUGGCAGUGGGAUUCGUCCACUGGUCACAUCACGAAAGUCGCGCAUGGAGAGAAAGACUGUGCGCGGGCGCUGCGGUCGUGUAGGGGCCAGCUUGUGACGUAUGUCCAACACGGCUUGAUGGAUAUUCUCGAUGUUUUCUCCGGCCAACGCAUAUUUUCAAAUCGCUGGGAUAUUGGGGCAGGUUGGGACGUACACGAUACGGGCAGAGUUGCCCUCUGUAAAGGUUCGCCAGCGGGUGAGGAGGUCAUUUCGAUCAUCGAUGGCCAGCAAGUCCAGCUAUCCUCACACAGCAACAUACCUCCUACGGCGCUCAGAUACAGUACCCUCGCGAUCGAGACGGUGACUCAAGACGGGCUCCCACUCGAUGGGAUGCUCUAUAUUCCCGAAGACGGCCACAAGCCGUAUCCGGCUGUGGUCAUAUCUCACGGUGGCCCAUACUGGCGCGUGACUGAAGGAACAGAUGCAAGCUUGUUCUCGUGGACGCCUUGGCUGCUCUCUCUAGGCUAUGCCGUCUUGCUACCGAACUAUCGGGGCGGUGCUAGCCAUGGCGCCCGCUACGCAGAGGCAGUCACAGGCGACCCGUCCGUGUCCUACCAGGACAUCGUCGCCUUCACAGAGCAUUGCAUCAGUCAGUACGGAAUUGACGGCCAGCGUGUCGUAAGUGCUGGCUGGAGCUACGGCGGCUACCUGACCUACAUCGCGCUGACGCGCCAAGCAAACUUCCAUUUUGCAGCCGGAAUUGCAGGCGCUGGUCCUAGCUGCUGGGAUACGAUGGUAUUAACAAGCGACGUACCUACCUUCCAAGGCGCGCUGACAGGCGUGCUCUCCUGGAAGACGCAGUUGUACGCUGGCACGGCUGGGCCGGGUAGUCCAAUGAGGCACCUGGACGGUGUCAAGUCGCCCCUUCUGAUCCUGCACGGUGAGGACGAUGCCCGCGUGCCGGUCAGUCAGGCGAAGAGCUUGCAUUUGGCUCUGCGGGCACGGGGACACAUGCCCGAGAUGGUGCUUUAUCCCCGCGAGGGUCACAUGGAUUGGGAGCGGUUGCACGUUGUUCAUAUGCUACAGACUAUAGAGAGGUUUCUCCGCAAGCAUGUGCCACAUACUAUAGAAGCACCAGACAGCGAAUAG